AUGAAGAUGACCCACCAUGAAUUGGGGGGACUAACUACGGGAUCAGUAUAUUUGCGAGCUCACAGCUCUAUUGAUCGUCGAUGGGUGGAUCCAAUCGCGGCGCGGGUGUUGCCUACCACAGUAUACUCGGUUGCCAGUGAUACCGUAGACAUGGGUAGGAAAGUUGGUUGUCCUGAUUCGGAAGUUCUCAUUGGACCUCCUCAAGUAUUGCUGCUGGGGUCCAAUACGUUCCACGGCGGGGGUCUGCAUCCCUUGGACUACUUGUCAGGGAAGAAACCUUACUUUCUUCUGAGGUCGGUGUUAGUAAAUGGCUGGGUGAGGAGGAGGCUGACAACGGUGGAAGAGUGGACUGUGAAGGAUGUGCCGGUGAGGAUUGCAAAGCUGGUCCAAGAUGCCGGAGAAGAUGUGGACGACAUGUGGAGAAGACUAAAACCUGGUCGCUGUCUGGAACAUGGUUUGCGUCAGUUGUUUUCUGGAAUUGGAGUCAUUGAUAUGGACAACCGAGUAUCAAAGCGGCUCCUUGCGUUUGGGCAGGAGGAAAGUGAACCGAUGGUCCAAAGUCGCUUGAAGCAAGAAAUUGGCGAGGUGGCUACGUGCUUGAAUGAAAUGUCCUUGCAGAAGGACUCGAAAAAGAGUAAGCCAUGUCAAGUGUCCAGUGAGGACACAACCACAGUUUCAAGAGGGAGUUUGGAAGGGCCAGAGGACUGGGACUCUGAUGAGGAGGUGGAUGUGAAGGCCACAAAAAGCGACGAUGCUAAGGUGGAGGUUGGGAAAUGGAAUAAGGAGGUGAUUAGAACCCUGAGCUCGGCUUCUCACUGGGCGUCGCCUCAACCGGACCUGGCAGUCGGCCGAAGGAGGACGGAAGAGCAGGCGUUGGAUGCGUUUAGAAAUUGGAUGCUAAAGUGGUACAAACGUCGGUCCACGAGGAGGUAUUCCGAGUGGAAGUUUGGGAAGUCGCGCUGGAAAUUUGGUGAAACAUCAGUGCAGUGGAACGAACGGCCAAAGGCUGAUGUGACUUUGGAUCGUGACGAUCAAAUAAACGGUUAUGUAUGGACGGAUAAUGGUCGGAGUUGCUAUGACAAGUGGUGGAGGUCAAGGUACGAGGAUGAUCGGGAGGAAGCUGAGGCAGCCUGGGACUCCCUGGGCAGGUUGGCAAACACCACCUGGUGGGAGUGGAAGGACGGGUCAAGGUGCCUCCACUGGAAGUGGCCAUGCUUCUAUCAGAGCACCAUCAGAGAUGGGAUUGAAGGGUGGUUCAAGUACACCCCCGGAGCCUGGACAAAACCUCAACUAGCAGGGAAGAGUGCGGAGUCCCAUGGACUAAUGAAGGCCAAGCUUCAGCUAGUAGGAGACAAACGGUACAUUACGAAAGGAUACAUAAAGUCUUUGACAUCCUUCUUUGGUGUAGAGAAAGGUUUACAUGAUAUUCGAAUGGUAUAUGAUGGCACCAAGUCUGGAUUGAACGAUGCUCUCUGGGUGCCAAGUUUUUGGUUACCAACCAUCGAUACGAUGCUUCGGGCAGUCACGUACGACACGGUGAUGAACGAUUUUGACAUUGGAGAUUGUUUUCUCAACUUUGUGUUGCAUGAGACGCUUCAGGCGCCAUGCGGAGUGGACCUCACCAGAUACUUUGGUGACGGAGAGCUUCUCUGGGAGCGGUGGGUUUGGGCCGCAAUGGGUUUGAAGAGCUCGCCUUAUCAGGCUGUACAAGCCAUCAUGGUAGCAAAAGAGAUCGCUUUGGGUGACCGAAAGGAUCCCACAAAUGCGUUCAGGUGGGACGAAGUCAAGAUGAAUCUCCCGGGGUCUAGCACCUACGACCCAGGUCUGCCUUGA